AUGUCUAUUCUAGCACGCCCCCCGAAACGGAAACUGCACGAAGUCGAGCCGCUGGAGGAUGGCCCUCGAAAGUACAGUUCCAGUGGGUUCGCAUCCCCCGUCGUAUCCAUGUCCAGACCGUCCUCUCGUCGAUCGAGCGAACACCGAGAAGUUUCCGACUCCCAUUCGCUGCCGUCCUUGCGGGAACUUCACUCCAAUCGCGGAUCGCCCGUUAUGUUCGAGAACAGUCACCUCCAGACCCAUCGCACCUUCAGUCCAAAGGCAUCCAUUGUGUUGAUCGGAAUUCGUGGCACGGGCAAGUCGAGUCUCGCGGUUAUUCUUGCCGCAACCUCCGGCCGGCGCUUGAUCGAUGCAGACCGCUACUUUCAACAGAUUGUGGGAUGUUCUCGUGCGGCAUUUAAAAAAGAGAAUGAUGGCCUCGUAUACCGACAGCAAGAGGCGCGUGUCAUGGAGUCUAUGCUGGCAGAUAACCAGGAGGGAUGCGUGAUUGCUUGUGGGGCCGGAUCGAUGGAGCGCAACGGACAAAGACUUCUCAGGGAGUACGCCCAAACGCAUCCAGUGAUACACGUCAUUCGGGACCCAGAAAGCAUUCAGUCUUACCUCAAGGCUUGGGAUACCCAGAAGGUCCGCCAUUUUCUCGAGAUAUCUGGCCCGAUCUACCGAGGUUGUUCAAAUCUCGAGUUUUUCAAUCUCUCGGAGACUAGAAGCGACAACACGGAUAAAGACGACGCCAAUACAUCGCCAGCACAUAAGAUCGAACCACGAUCACAUACCCCCAUCCCGUUCUUGACUUUGAAACGGGUGCAACGGGACUUCCUCCGCUUCAUUGCAUUUAUCACUGGCGAUAUCGCCGAGCUGAACAGCCAACAUGCAUCCUUCCCACUCUCGCUGCUACCUGUGGAAUCCAGGAAUUAUACUUCUGCGGUUACUGUUCCACUUUCCAAGCUAGGCGAGCAAGGUGUCGACAUUGAAGAGCUGGAAUUCACUGCCGAUGCUUUCGAGCUGGCAAUCGAUGUUGCAGACCCUUCAGCCCAACCGGGAAUCGAUUCAAAUAUUGCAGACAGCAUCAGUCAAGCCGUGGCGAACAUUCGUCGUAACAUUAUCGUCCCCUUGAUAUACCACGUUGAAAGUUAUACCACCCCUGGUGGCCCCUCAUCGCCUACCCGCACUCCUGUUCGUUGUACCGACGAAACCUAUCUGAAUCUUGUUCGACAUGGGCUGCGCCUCUCUACAGGCUUCCUCACUGUAGAUCUUUCUCGUGAUGACCACAUCAUAUCCCAGAUCAUUUCAGCCAGUGGUCGGACUCGAAUUAUUGGCCACUUCGAAGCUUUCCAGCCAUUGCCGGGAGGUUGGGAUGGUGAUGAAUAUAUGAAAAUUUAUGAACGAGCCAAAAGACUCGGAUGUGAUGUUGUGCGAUUAUUUCAACCCGCGGAGUCCGCGGAGGACAAUCUUGCAGUGCAACGAUUCCGCCAUCGAGUUCAAAGUCUCCCCGUUUCUGGACUUCCCUUGAUUGCCUACAACACAGGCCCUCUCGGCCGCAUGUCUCGCUGUUUCAAUCCAAUUCUUACCCCUGUCACACAUCCAUCCCUGGUCAAUCAGCCGUCAACCCAACUACGCUCAGAUAUCACUGCCCGCGAAGCACAGCAAGCUCUCUACAGCUCCUUUACGUUGGAUCCGAUGCAGUUCUUCGUCUUUGGUGCAAACACUACAUAUAGUAUGUCACCGGCCAUGCACAACACGGCAUUCAAAAUAUGUGGGUUGCCGCAUAAGUAUUCGAUCCACCAGUCGCCCACUUUGCGUGGGUUGAACGAUCUAGUCGAGAAUCAAUACUUCGGCGGAUCCAGUGUCAGUCUUCCAUAUAAGACAGAGUGCAUUCCUCUGCUUCAUUCCAUGUCUACACACGCUCGCGCCAUCGGUGCUAUUAACACCCUCAUCCCUAUCCGAAAUUUCAGUGACACCAACAAUCUCCUCCUGCAAGAAUCCUCAGUCUUCCUUGAGAAGAGUCAUGCAGGUCCUAUCAAGGGUCUUCAUGGUGACAACACCGAUUGGAUUGGUAUCUGCAAUUGUAUUCGCCGAGGCUUGUCCCCUGCGAACGCGGUACGACCGUCAUCUACCGGCCUUGUCAUCGGUUCUGGUGGAAUGGCUCGUGCUGCGAUCUACUCCAUGAUCCAUCUCGGCAUACAGAACAUCUUCGUUCACAACCGUACUCUUGCCAACGCAGAGAAGUUGGCACAUCACUAUAACCGACAAGACCUUCACAUCAAAGAAGCCCUUGGAUCCGGACGUCCCACGGUCCACAUCAUCGCUUCGCUAUCCGACCCUUGGCCCGCCGAUUUCAAACAACCCACCGUUGUAGUUUCCGGUAUUCCAGCUCACAGUAUCGGCGGUCAGCCAGCGCCGAACUUCCAAAUGCCCACCCACUGGUUGGAAAGUCCAACAGGCGGUGUCGUCAUCGACCUGGCAUACAAACCUCUGAACACCCCUCUGAUGAAACAAACUCGCGCUCUAUCCCAUCGCGGGUGGGUCGCCUUGGACGGCCUCGACGUCCUCCCCGAGCAAGGUUUCGCUCAGUUCGAGUUAUUCACCGGUCGUCGCGCGCCUCGGCGUGUCAUGCGGAGUAUCGUGCUCCAAGAGUACAAAGACGAUGAAGGCAAUGAUGAUCAUGACGCAAUACAGGAUCGACUGCAACAGAUGGACGGGCAACCCAGCUGA